AUGUGGGUGCACAUUGAAGACCUAGACAGGAAAAAGACAGGACAAGUUAUGAGUAACUUUGCCCGUGCUGACAACCAGGCAAUCAUAGAUGAGCUUUGGGCGUUUGCCGACAACGUAUCAACUGAAAAUCCCCUCUCACUAUUGCUUGAAUUUAAGAGUGACUUGCCACUGCCCAAAGAGCUCCCCAACUACAUGCACGACACCGACAUGCUAGACUACUUCCGGAACUACGCCGACCACUUCAGCGUCACCAAGCAUGUGCAAACGAGGCACGACGUGGUGCAGGUGAUGCCAGCCGCCGACUACGAGAAUACGGGUCGCUGGGACGUGCUCUUCAGGGAUCUGGCGACCAACAGCGACCGCAUGGAGACGUUCGACGCCGUGGCCGUGUGCGUGGGCCAUCACGUGUAUCCGAAUGUGCCCCACUUCAAGGGACAGGAGAAGUUUCGCGGCCGAAUCAUGCACACGCACAGCCUGAAGAACGCCGACAGCUUCCGGAAUGACCGGGUGGCCGUUGUCGGCAUUGGCAACUCGGGCUGUGAUGCUGUGGCCGAUAUCAGCCAGGUGGCAGUCAAGACGUAUCUGUCAACAAGAAGAGGAGCUUGGGUUACCCGGCGUGUCAGGCCCAAUGGCAUGCCCGGCGACAUGUUCAUGAAAUCGCGACUCAGGGCAUACUUGUUGAGCUGGUUACCGAGAUCGCUGGCCAACAGCUACACGGAGAACAUCUUGAACGGGUUCUUCAACCACGAGGCUUACGGAAUCAAGCCCAAACACCGCUACUACUCGCAACACCCGACCACCAAUGACGUACUGCCGAGCCUCAUAAUCAGCGGGAAGGUACGCGUAAAGGAGAACAUCGCCGAAUUCACUGAAGAUGGCGUGAUCUUCGAGGGUGAGGACAAGGUUACCCCUUUGGAUGACAUCAUCCUGGCCACGGGUUACCAGAUCAAGUUUCCAUUUUUACCGAAAGAAGUUGUGUCUGUGGAGGACAACCAAGUGCAGCUUUACAAGUACGAAUUCCCGCCUCAUUUGAAGCAUCCUAGUCUGGCCAUCAUAGGGCUGGUCCAGCCGGUCGGCUCCCUAUUUCCCGUUGCCGAGAUGCAGUCACUGAGGAGGUGUUUUGAAAGAGAGUCUCACACAGUGACACUGAGGAGUAACAAGUAUUCAUCGACUGCAGCAGGGGAGCCCCUGGUCAAUACUGCAGUCUACAUGGAGGGACUAGUCGGGCUGGUGACGAAAUCAUUGCUUGAAGCAUUGAAUAUUCUGGAGUGCCAGAGUUUCAUGCUUGUGAUGAGCAAUACUUGA